CUCAUUAUGUUUUUUGUACUUUAUUUCCGUGUAAGUACGCAUUAUAUACAAUUUAUUCAAAUUUCAUGCCUUAAUGCUAUCGGCAGUAAUUGCGCGUUGAUUGCAUGUCGCCAAAAGUCGUUAGAGCACUUCAUUCCAACGAAAUCCGCGCAUUCCGGAAAUAAUAACAUGCACCCCUACGUGUAAUUAAUCAUCAUUAGUCAAAUUUCAUCGGUACACGUGCGACACGUAAAAAUCAUGUACGAACUUUUAAGUUUGUCGGAAUACAAAGAUAUGACAUUUUAUUACAACCUGCGUCAUUAGGCGGGCGAGGAAUUUGUUAGGUAGUGUUUUACACGUGCCUGGUAAUAUUGUACACCUUGUUUCGCUCAUAUCGUGUUUAUUUGUGUAUGAGUAAUAGUUUAAUACACAUUAUUACGAUGUCGUGUGGCAGCGUGUUGCUGUGACCGCAAAGUUGGAAAUCGAUAGCGCGCCACACGGGCCCAUUUAAAUAAUAACCGCCCUAAUUCGCAGCGAAGCCCGUGAAGAAUGCACAUAAAAAUAAUCAUAAACUUUCCGGCACACGACGAGUGCGGUUCAUUUUAUAGUUAUUCUUGAGCGAAAAUAGAAGGUGAAGCAAGUGCAUGUUGAGGUUAGGUGGACUUUAACCCGCGAGUUAUUCAAAACAAAAGUUUUCAAACAUGAAGAAACGCACAUUGUUUUUGUAUUUUGCGCUUUGUUUUGUGUAUACACAUGCGGAAAACACCAAUGGGCCGAGUCCUGCUGAAGAAUUAUAUAUAAAGCUCUUUAAAAGACGACGUGUUGAACAUUUGGAAGCUGUAAAAUCACUACAACGCAUCACAUGUUACGAAAAAAAGUACCAAAUGGUCAUCCUCAUGGCUGAGAAAGUCUUCACGGUGAUACAAAACAGCCGCGCACGCAUAGAAGCUUCUGGCUUCGUGCCAGGCAUCACCGAGUUUCCGCAGGACGAGCAGACGAAGGAAACGUUGUCAAGUAUCCUGGAGAAUACCGCAUUGUUUGCGGAAGUUGUCAUCCGCCUGCCGGACAUAUCCGCGUCAGUAUUAAAAAUAAACAAUAACUGGGACAUACUACUGCAGUGGAGCAUAGCGUUUACAAAUCAAGUGCGCUAUUUAUUAGACAAGGGAACAAUCAGAUUGUUAUCGUUGGUGAGUCAGGAGUUGAAUCAUAUUGAACGGGACCCGAAUUAUGUUAAUCCAUAUCGAAAAGCCAAAGAGGAGAAACAACUGCAGCAAGAAGAACGACAUAAAGAGGAAAAGAAGAAGAAAACACUUAAAAAGGGACCUAGGAUACAUCAAGACUUAUAAUUAAAAAUCCACUAC